CGCCUCAAGAAGCGAAGAGUUGGCAAAGAGUUGGAGGUGUUUCUAAACUCGGUCGCAGACACGUUGAGCGGUGAAUGGGAUUUGUUUCACUCUUUUGUCAUUACGAGAGCACCAGAGGAACCACAAUAUCAGAAUAGGAAUGAGGUGAAAGAGAUGGGACUUGCCAGUCUCGAAGCCGAACAGUGGGAGAGAAUGAAGCAAGAGAUGGAAGCAUUGAUUCCCCUCUGGGAUAGGCCAUCUGGAGUGGAGAUCCAAAAGGAUAGGAGGCGGACAAUGAAGGUAGAGAUGGUAGGGGAAAUGAGGGAAUUCCAAAUGUGCCGGAAAAUAGGGAGAAAGACCAUUAGAGGAGAGUUUCCAAAUGGGAGGAGAGGAGGGGUGGUGGGUGGGGAAGACGGUAAUAGAGUCAAUCACAUGGGAAGGGAGAAGGGUCUGGAGGAGAGGGAUCCACCCAAUUUCGUCCCAAACCUCACGGACAAGGAGAUUAGAGCGAAAAGAAAUAUUACCAUCACCGGUGAGCCAGUGAAUCCACGGGUCUACAGUAGAAUGGAUGCUGCAGAGCCGCUUCCAGGUGAAAGAGUCUGCAGGGUUAGGUUUAACCACCAUAGGGUGGAGUUUGGAGCAAUACUUGGACCGAAUGAGGGUGGUCCAAAUGUUAGAGGAAGAGUGAAGCCGCCACCAAAGUUUGACCUCAGUGGUGCGGAUAAGAUCCUGGAGGUUACGACAGCCAAAACCCCCUCUUCCAUGGGAAGGCAAAGGUGA